AUGUGCCCGUCGGAGAUGGGGACGUUGUGGCAGCAUUGGUCACCUGUGCUCUUCAGCCUGGCCGCUCUGUUUUCCAAAGUGUCCGAGAGCCGAGGGAUUUUAGAGAGCAUCCAGAGAUUCUCCCUGCUGCCCACCUACCUUCCUGUGAGCUACCGUAUCAACAAUGCUGAUAUCUCCUUCUUCCUCAAGGAAGCCAACCAGGACAUCAUGAGAAACUCAAGUUUGCAAUCCAGGGUGGAAUCCUUUCUGAUUUAUAAAUCCAAGAUGGCACCUUCCUUGAAUGCCAGCUAUGGGCCUUUUUCUGUGGAACAACUCGUGCCCCAGGACCUGCUGUUGCCUUCCAAUCCAUUUGCAUCUACCAACAAAUUUGCUCUCAAUUGGAAGCUAAAAGCCUACAUCAUGAGUGAUAAAAUCUACCUGAGUAGGCCCAGAGUUCAAAUCUUGUUCUACAUAGUGGGCAGGGAUUGGGAUGACCAUAGCACCACAGAGAGGCUGCCCUGCCUCCGAGUGUUUGCCUUCAGGGAGACCAGGGAGGUGAGAGGCAGCUGCCGCCUGGCAGGGGAACUCGGACUGUGUGUAGCUCAGUUGGAACUCCUGUCCAGCUGGUUUAGCCCCCCGACUGUGGUUGCAGGGAGGAAAAAGUCAAUGGAUCAAUCCGAAGGAAGUCCUGUAGAGCUUUACUAUUCCAUCCAACCUGGAGAUGAGAAAGGAGAUUGUACCAAGGAAGAGACAAGGAAAAACAAUGGAAUCCGACCAGGCCACAAUGAUAUUGAUGAAGUGGGUCCUCCCUUGCAGAGGAUUGGGAGUGUGUUUCUCUACCAGACUCACAGUGGGAGCCCUUCUUGGAGGGAACUUCACUUAGAUAGCAAUGUUGCCAUCCACUAUGUGGCCAAAACUGCCAAACAAGGAGAGAUUUUGACUUUUCCUGUUUCUGUCUCUAGAAAUUCCACUGAGGAUCAUUUCACACUGAGGGCGAAGGUAAAGAAAGGUAUGAAUAUUAUUGGUGUUCGAGCCAGCAACCCACACUUAUGGGAUGUUAAAGAGAGUGUGGAUUAUACGGGGAAAUAUGUGUGUCAGAGGAAAUCUACUACUUCUGAGAAUAGUGCGGAUGGUCAAUCCAAUGAAGUCAUGCAGAUCGAUAUAGAAAUUGAAGAGCUGAGUGACCUACCAGCCACGCAGCUAGUCACGUGGCAGGUUGAAUACCCUGGAGAGACUACCUCGGACCUGGGGGUGUCUAAAAUCUAUGUGAGCCAGAAGGAUUUGAUUGGAGUCAUCCCACUAGCCAUGGAAGCAGAAAUCUUGAACACGGCUAUUCUCACUGGGAAGACAGUGGCUGUGCCUGUAAAGGUGGUCUCUGUGGAGGAGGAUGGCACUGUGACAGAUCUUCUGGAGUCUGUGGAGUGUAGAUCAUCAGAUGAAGAUGUAAUUAAGGUGUCUGACAGAUGUGACUACGUCUUUGUCAAUGGAAAGGAAAUGAAAGGCAAAGUGAACGUUGCAGUGAAGUUCACCUACCAGCACCUGAGCAGCCCCCUGGAGAUGACUGUGUGGGUGCCCCGGCUCCCACUCCAGAUUGAGGUCUCUGACACAGAACUCAACCAGAUCAAGGGCUGGAGGGUGCCCAUUGUCUCAAAUAAGAGGCCAGUCCGGGACAGCGAUGAUGAGGAAGAAGAUGAAAGGCGGGGCAAAGGCUGCACUCUCCAAUACCAGCAUGCCAUGGUGCGUGUCCUUACCCAGUUUGUGGCUGAGGCCUCUGACUCUGGAGGACAGCUGGCCCACCUGCUGGGCUCUGACUGGCAAGUGGACAUCACGGAUUUGGUGAACAAUUUCAUGCAGGUGGAAGAGCCACGGAUCGCCAAGUUGCAAGGAGGGCAGGUUCUGAUUGGGCAGGAGCUCGGAAUGACUACCAUUCAGAUCCUGUCCCCGCUGUCGGACGCCAUCCUGGCUGAGAAGACGGUGACUGUAUUGGAUGAGAAAGUGACAAUCACUGACCUGGGGGUCCAGCUGGUGACUGGGCUCUCCCUCUCCUUGCAGCUCAGCCCAGGGAGCAACCGAGCAAUCUUUGCCACCUCCAUAGGGCAGGAGCUACUGCAGAUGCCUAAGCAGGAAGCUGCCAUAAGUUGCUGGAUCCAAUUCAGUGAUGGCUCAGUCAUGCCCUUGGAUAUUUAUGACAUAAAGGACUUCUCUCUGAUGGUGACAUCCCUUGAUGAAAAGGUGGUCUCCAUCCACCAAGACUCCACAUUCAAAUGGCCUGUUAUUACUGCUGAAAUGGAGGAAGGGCAGGGUGCCCUGGUGAAGGUGGAAAUGGUGAUUAGUGAAUCAUGCCAGAAGUCUAAGAGGAAGAGUGUGCUGGCUGUUGGGACGGGAAAUAUCAAAGUUAAGUUUGGCCAGAAUGAUGCCAACCCCAACACCAGUGACAGCAGACAUGGGGGAAGGGGUCACAUGGAAACCCAUGCCAGUGACAGGAGGUUUAAAACAACCUGGCAAGAAAGAAUGAGGCCAGAUGGGCAGUUUUUCAGCAAUUUCUCCAUGGACCGUAUGGAAGGCAGGGGAGCCACAACAGACAGAUCCAUCUUCUGGAAGAAGAAUAAACAAGAAAAUCUUUUAGAUGAUAAUAACCACCUACAAACCAUCCCCAUGGACUUUACCAGCUUCCCUGUCCAAGUUGAUCUCCCAAGGAACAAUGGAGAGACAGAGGAGAAUGACCUACUCCAAACACCCCGGGGCUUAAGUGACUUAGAGAUUGGGAUGUAUGCUCUGUUGGGUGUCUUCUGCCUUGCUAUUUUGGUCUUCUUAAUUAACUGUGUGACCUUUGCAUUGAAAUACAGGCAUAAGCAGGUUCCUUUCGAGGAGCAAGAGGGCAUGAGUCAUUCACACGAUUGGGUGGGAUUAAGUAACCGGACAGAACUUUUGGAGAAUCAACUGAAUUUUCCCUCCCCGCAGGAAGAGCAGAUCACUGCCAUUGACCGAGGGUUAGAUUUUGAGGAGAGUAAGUAUCUCCUCAACACAAACUCCCAAAAGAGUCUUAAUGGUCAGGUUUUCAAGUCUUCAGAAUCUCCAUUUGCUGAUGGGAAAGACCAGAAAAGUGAGCCCACAGCUUCCCCUACCUCUAAGCGAAAAAGGGUGAAAUUUACCACCUUCACCACCAUUUCCUCAGAUGAAGGAUGCCCCACGGUCAACUCCAUCCUGAUGAGCAGUGUGGAUGACAUCAAAUGGGUUUGCCAAGAUAUGGAUCUGGGAGAAUGUAAAGAACUGACAAACUACAUGGAAAGAUUACAUGAAAAGGUGUAA